AUGCCCGCCUACGACUCGCCCCCACCUACCCUUCUUCCGGCAUGGGAGGAUGCUGGAGCACAGCCCCCGCCUCAGGCCGCGCUUGAGUCGCCGACGAUCAUGACGAACCGCGACCGAGCUUGUGACACUUCGGCGCGCCAAGCGUAUCCCCCACAAAGGAUUGAGAAUCUGAUCUCAAACGCCUCAACUUCGAUCAACGACAUGAGGAACGAGAUCCACGCGCUGUUCGAGAAAAAGAAAGAGAGACAGGGCUGGAAUUCUCUGGACGAGAUAAGAAAGCUCACAGAGGAGAGGGAGAAGGCUAACCAGGCGUUGAGGGAACAGAUUACCGAAUUGCAGGAGAGCAUGGCGCUCCUCAAAGCCAAAUAUGCGAUCUACCGUCCCCGAGGACCUGAGGACUAUGCCUGGUUGAGAGAGGAGAAGACACCGCCGCACCCGUUCAAGAGCAUCGUACACGAUGCAGUCGCUACGCGGAAGGGCAGUGACUGCAGCAGCCUGAUGCAGUGGACGCUGGAGGCAGUGAGUUGCGAGGCGAAGCCGCGCGACAAGGAGGUGUGGCGGAAGAUGCAGAACAAGAGGUCCUGA